UUGUUUGACCCGAGGUUUAAUCACUAAACCCUGGGCAUUAGCAGGCAUCACUGGAACGUGAAAUUUUGAAAUCGAAUUCUAAACCUUCCUUGCUUCUAAAUUGAACAUUCCGGUAAAAACAACUCAAUCUCUGAUGCCUUCUUCGAAGAAGAAAAACUCGAAAUCAUCCUCCAGGCUUUCGCGGGCAGAUUCUAACGCCUCUGGUUCUCCAUCUCCCUCGGUGCCUUCAUCACCUUACAGUCCUUCGCCGAUUUCGAACUUGAACCUGGUCUCGGAACUCAGUGAAGAUGAGCUCCAAAGGUACCUUGAAGAAGCUUCUAGAAAGUUCCCGUAUUUCAUAUCAACGGCAGCUUUCACUGGCCGCGUCUCUGAAGACACUUCCCGUGUUAAUGAACUGUCUUCUCCCGGAGCCAGAGGUUGUAAAAUUUGGCUCUCCGAAGCUUCCAUGGUCGCUUCUUCCAUUGCUCCCGGCUCCCUAGUUUCGGUGUCCAUUGCUUCCUCUAUGGAUUCACUCGGUAAUUUCCCUCUUAGUGCUUUGCCAAGUGAAUGCUUGAGGCACAUUGGAUUGGAAUUCAUGGAGCAAUUGUCUGAUGAAGCAGGGACCUAUUUUGUUCUUGCAACUGUUUUCCCAUCUUGUAAGGUUUUAAAGCAUGCUGUGCGAUUUUCUUCAAACCUUUCAUGGUCCAUGGGAUGUCCUGUUUCUGGAAGGAUUAUAUUUGUACAUCCUUUAGUCGAUCAACCAUUAAGGAGUAUCUUAAACGGAAACGACAAUUUACCCAACAAUAAAGCCAGUGGCUUCUCAUCAUGCAAAGAAUUAUACAUAUCACCUGUGUCAAUGAAGGACACUUUGAUGGGGAAGAGAACCAUUACCUCUCAAAUAGAAUCAGCUGCCCGACCUUGUGAGUCGUCAAGUGCAUCAAGUUAUCAAGAAUCAGUCCCAGAUUCAUCUGAUCUGUAUGAUACAUGUAGCAACACAACUUUUAUUAAGGAAGUUCUAGAGGAUGAGAGCUCAAGAAAACUUGUACAAACAUGCAUUGGGUUUUCUUUAUAUUCUCGAAGUUUACUUAUGGGAAAUAUUGUGACAGUACCUGUACUUUCUAGGGUCUGUGCAUUUGUUGUUACAUGUGCUAGAAAAGUCUCUACACAAGGGAAUCAUUGUGCGAAGGAAAAAAGUGACCAGAAACCUUUUCCACAUUCAACAGAUUUGGAGGUCCAUAGUAAUGUUUCUUUUUUGAUUGACCAAGAAACUAAAGUUUAUGUACAUCUCCCACAAAAAGUCGAGGAGGGUUCUUCAAAAAGAGGAGAUGUGUUGACAGAGCAUGAGUGUGAUGAAAGGAAUAACAUUGGGCUUGAUGUUUCUAAGUUGGGUGGCCUUAUGAAGGAAACCACAGAGCUAAAAGAGAUAAUAAUAUCAUCAGCGGUGAAAGGCAUUGUGGCUAGCAUGGGUUUACGACCUACAAAAGGAGUGCUUCUUCAUGGACCACCUGGAACAGGAAAGACUUGUUUGGCUCGAUUGUGUGCUCAUUCCACUCGUGUUAAUUUAUUCUCAGUGAAUGGGCCUGAAAUCAUUAGUCAAUAUCACGGGGAGAGUGAACGAGCAUUGCAUGAAAUUUUUGAUUCGGCUGCCCAGGCUUCACCUGCUGUGGUGUUCAUUGAUGAGGUGGAUGCCAUUGCACCUAAGCGUGCUGAUGGGAGUGAUGAGCUUUCUCAAAGAAUGGUUGCAACUCUGUUGAACUUGAUGGAUGGAAUAAGUAGAACUAAUGGGCUGCUUGUUAUUGCAGCAACCAACAGGCCCGACAGCAUUGAGCCUGCACUUAGACGACCUGGAAGAUUUGACCGAGAAAUUGAAAUAGGUGUACCCUCUCCAGGGCAACGUUAUGAAAUAUUAAUGACACUUCUUGAUAAGAUGGAUCACUCCCUUUUGGAAAAGGAUAUACAACUUCUCGCAACAGCUACUCAUGGGUUUGUUGGUGCUGAUCUAGCAGCUCUUUGUAAUGAAGCUGCCCUGAUUUCUCUCAGGAGGCAUAUAAACUUUAAAACAUCAUCUGUCGACUCAUAUGCCAAAUCGUUAACUCAGAAUGGUUGCUCUAAUAGACAUGUGGAAGUCGUAGAAGAAAGUGAACUCCGGAAAGUCAAUAUGGAGAGAUCAUCAUCAAUAACAGGAGCAUGCAUUUUGUCAGACAUUUGGAAUGGGGAGAAUGUAAAUGAAAUGUCUGCUGCAUAUAAAAGAAUUCUAACGGUGACGGUGGAUGACUUUGAAAGUGCAAGAUUUAAAGUAAGGCCAAGUGCCAUGCGAGAGGUAAUAAUAGAGGUUCCUAAGGUCAACUGGGAAGAUGUUGGUGGGCAGAAGGAGGUAAAGAUGCAACUGAUGGAAGCUGUUGAGUGGCCCCAAAAGCACCAGGAAGCGUUUAAACGGAUAGGGACCCGCCCCCCAACUGGGGUUUUGAUGUUUGGUCCUCCUGGGUGUAGUAAAACUCUUUUGGCUCGUGCUGUUGCUUCUGAGGCUGGGUUAAACUUUCUUGCUGUGAAGGGACCUGAACUUUUCAACAAAUGGGUAGGUGAAUCAGAAAAGGCUGUUAGAGCCCUGUUUGCCAAAGCAAGGGCAAAUGCCCCCUCUAUUAUAUUUUUUGAUGAAAUUGAUGGUCUUGCUGUUGUCCGUGGGAAAGAGAGUGAUGGGGUCUCUGUUGCAGAUCGGGUGUUGAGCCAACUUCUUGUUGAAUUGGAUGGUUUGCAUCAAAGAGUUAAUGUAACCGUCCUUGCUGCUACAAAUCGUCCAGACAAGAUAGAUCCUGCCCUUUUAAGACCAGGUCGUUUCGAUCGGCUCCUAUACGUGGGGCCACCUGAUGAAAAUGACCGUGAGGAUGUAUUCAGGAUUCAUCUUCGCAAGAUUCCAUGUAGUUCUGAUGUAUGCAUAAAAGAGCUUGCUCGUCUCACCAAUGGAUGUACAGGUGCUGAUAUAUCACUUAUUUGCCGUGAAGCAGCCAUUACUGCCAUUGAAGAGAACCUUGGAGCCUCAGAAAUUACAAUGAAGCACUUGAAGGCUGGCAUUCAGAGAGUGCAGCCAUCUGAAGUUCUGUCAUAUAAGGAGUUAUCAACUAAGUUUCAGAGACUUGUUACCUCCUCCACUCAAGUAGAUGAUUUGGGCUCUCCACCAUGCUUAAACAGAACAAGUCAAACACAUAUUUGGGCUCUCUUAAGAUCAGUUGCUUCCUUUCUUUAUCGGGUUCCUUCUAUCUUACGGUCAUUGGCCCCUGUGAGCAGCUAGGCAGUGGAUUCUCUUCCGUUUGUGCAUCUGAUUUCUUUACAAUACCUGAACUUUACUUGUUAUUGAGAAGGUUCAAGUUCAAUGCUCUUAUGAUUUUUUUGAGAAGAGUGAUCUCUCGGCACUAGAUAAAUCAUGUUUCUGCCUUCUGGCCUUCAACCUUUCACUGAGAUAAAUCGGUCCAGACAUUAGUGAUACUCGAGGUUUUCCCCCCGGAUAUCAACUACUGAGAUUGCAGUUGAUCAAAGUCCUAUUUUGUCCAAAGUUGUAAAUUAUUAGUGUAUGGCGGAUGAUCCAUUGCGUAUUUGCCUUUUUGCAGAUCUUUUAUGGUUUUUAUCAUUUAUAUAGAGACAAAAGUGCACAUCCGUUUGUUUUCUACAGGAUGAAUCACAGCAAAUAAUAAUGUACUACCUCUGUUUUAGUUGCAACAUUCGUGCGUUUUACGCUAUUCAUAUUCUUUACUUUAACUA